AGAAUUUAAUCUCCUCCGGUCCAGGGAUCCUUUUUGUUCAUUAACGUAUGUCAACCACCUAGAACUGUGCCUGGCACACAGAGGCUCUCAGUAAAUAUUUACAGAAUGAUUGGAUUUAUCUCAAGUGUUUCUUCGUCUUUGUCUUUAUCCCCGCGAGAAAAUGAAAAAAGGCGUGCGCUUAGCGACCGAGGUGGGGUGAGGGCUCGGUCUGCAGUACCGUAGCCGAGACCCUGGACAGAUCCCGCCCCCCUGCCAAUCGGAGGCUCUGGAGCUACUAGACACUGGCGUCCCGAAAUCCCACCCUCUGGGCGGGCUCUGGGCUGAGCGCUCCGUGUGUGAUUGGCCGGCGGAGGUGAUGGGCAUGAGAGACAGCGAAGGAGGAGCCGCGUUCUAAGCUACCGGGCGCGGCGGUUACGCAACCGGGGGCACCGUUGGCCUGGUGGUCUCCGGGGUAGUCCACCGGAGAGGAAGACGAGGAGGGUCUGAGCAUGAGUAUGGCAGAAGGGGACACCCUGAUAUCAGUGGAUUAUGAAGUUUUUGGGAAAGUGCAAGGUGUGUUUUUCCGCAAGUACACUCAGGCUGAGGGUAAAAAGCUCGGAUUAGUAGGCUGGGUCCAGAACACUGACCAGGGCACAGUGCAAGGACAAUUGCAAGGUCCCACCUCCAAAGUACGUCAUAUGCAGGAAUGGCUUGAGACAAGAGGAAGUCCCAAAUCACACAUUGACAGAGCAAGCUUCAACAAUGAGAAAGUCAUCUUAAAGUUGGAUUACUCAGAUUUCCAAAUUGUUAAAUAACGGUCUGAAUUUAAAUUUUCCAAGAUACUCAGUGGUUUUGUUUUUUUAUUUUUAAUAGAGAUAGAAUUAUUGUGUUCAAUAUUAGAAUUUGUCAGUAAGUUAUUUUAGUAUCAGAUAUUUGAUAGUUACUGUAUAUUAUGUGUAUGAUGGAAGGAUUACAACUGUACACAAUUCUAAUCAAUAAAAACACAGAACCUUCCAUGUAGGAUACUUAUUUUCUUUUUGGUAAACUUCAUUGUGGGCAAAAUAAGAGGUAUUUACUUAAUAAACAUCUUUGGGAAGAGAAUUUUGAGGUAAUUUAAAGAAGUCUGAAAGAAAAAGCAGUUACUUUUAAUCAUUUCUUUUUAAUAGUUUCCAUGAGCUUUUCUUCAGGAAAUUGCACCUAAUAAGAACAAAUACCACAAGUUCAAUUUGUUAGCUGUUCAAAUGAUAUUUUGGACUAAUUGUUUUUCAUUUUCUGGAGUUUCUGCUGUCAUUCCUGUCCUCUGUGUAAGGAAUUCACAUAAAUUGAUGUUAUGGGCUAAAUUAUCCACCCCCCUCAAAUUCAUAUGUUGAGUCCUAACUCUGGAUACCUCAGUAUGGGACUACACUUGGAGACAGGGCUUUUAUAGAGGUAAUUAAGGUUAAAUGAGGUCAUUAGGGUGGGCCCUAAUCCACUAUGCCCCAGUGUUCUUAUAAGAAGAGGAAAUUUGGACACAGCCCUGUGUGCACAGAGGAAAGAACAUGUGUGAAGACAGAGGGAGAAGACAGCAAUUUUACCAGCCAAGGACAGAGGCCCCCGAAGAAAUCAUCAUUUCAACACUUUGAUCUCAGAUUUCUAGCCUCCAGAACUGUGACAAAAUAAAUUUCUGUUGUUCAA